UUGAGCCGGCUUUGCCGCUGUUUCUCUCAGGCUGCCUUCCGACCAUGUCGUCCAAGAAGAACAGAAGACGUCUAAACCAAAGCGCCGAGAACGGUUCGCCCUCGGCCUCCGCUGCUUCUUUUUCUGCGGGGGCCACAGCUUCUGCCGUGGCGGCCGGGACUCUGGUGGUGAUCAACUUCCUAGAAAAGGAUGACAAAGUUCCUAAAGCAUUCCAGAAUUCCCUUGUUCAACUUGGACUCAACACCAUGAAGUCUGCAAAUAUAUGUAUCGGUCGACCAGUGUUGCUUACCAGUUUGGAUGGAAAGCAAGAAGUCUAUACGGCCUGGCCUGUGGCAGGAUUUCCUGGAGGCAAGGUUGGCCUGAGUGAAAUAGCACAGAAGAAUGUGGGUGUGAGGGUUGGUGAUGCCAUCCACGUCCAGCCUGUUUUGGGUGCCGUGCUGCAGGCUGAGGAAAUGGACGUGGCACUCAGAAUAAUCAGGGCUUCUUGUCUUUUUUACAGUUGUAAAGACUGGCGUAGAUUACUUGACAAAAAUGCAGAUAUUAACGAAGAACAGCUGACUGGUUGUCUUCUGAGAAAACUAGAUGGCAAGAUUGUUUUACCAGGCAACUUUCUGUAUUGUACAUUCUAUGGACGACCAUGCAAGUUGCAGGUGUUGCGAGUGAAAGGGGCAGACGGCAUGAUGUUGAGAAGGGCUCAGAAUGACUCUGACACUGUUGCCCGGGGAAUGACCUCUCAGCAGUCCAGCAUGGAAACUAGUGCCCUGGAUCUAUCCUUACAGCUAAGCCAGUUAGAUCUGGAAGUGCCCCGAAACCCAACAUCAAGCAGUACUCCUUAUAAACCAGGAGAUGACAGAAUGAUAAAUAAAGCCUGUGGCAUUUCGUCACAUGUUACACAGAGUCCUGGGAAUGGCAGUAGGCUUGGAGUAGAGGAAGUCACAGGUCUUAAAUGUAGUUUUGAGGCUGCCAGAGAUGGAAAUGAGCAACCUGUCAACGAAGAGAGAUUGCUAAAGUCACCCAGCGUGGGAGCACAGUGCAACACUGAUACCUUUUAUUUUAUUUCUUCGACAACAAGAGUCAAUUUUACAAAGCCUCGUACAAAUUCUAAAGAUCAAGACAGCCAAUUAAAAGUAACUUAUGACAUGAUAGGUGGCUUAAAUAGUCAACUGAAAGAAAUUAGAGAAAUAAUUGAAUUACCUCUCAAACAGCCUGAGCUUUUCAAGAGUUAUGGAAUUCCUCCCCCAAGAGGAGUGUUACUCUAUGGCCCUCCAGGUACUGGAAAGACAAUGAUUGCCAGGGCUAUUGCUAAUGAAGUUGGUGCCUAUGUUUCUGUAAUUAAUGGCCCUGAAAUUAUAAGCAAAUUCUAUGGAGAGACUGAGGCAAGGUUACGUCAGAUAUUUGCUGAAGCCACUCUGCGGCACCCAUCAAUUAUAUUUAUUGAUGAGCUGGAUGCACUUUGCCCUAAAAGAGAAGGGGCUCAGAAUGAAGUGGAAAGAAGAGUUGUAGCUUCACUCUUAACACUGAUGGAUGGUAUUGGUUCAGAAGGAAGUGAAGGACGAGUGUUGGUUCUUGGGGCCACAAAUCGCCCUCAUGCUUUGGAUGCUGCUCUCCGAAGACCUGGACGGUUUGAUAAAGAGAUUGAGAUUGGAGUUCCAAAUGCACAAGACCGGUUAGAUAUCCUCCAGAAACUGCUUCGAAGGGUACCCCAUUUGCUCACUGAAGCUGAACUCCUGCAGCUGGCAAAUAGUGCUCAUGGAUACGUUGGAGCAGACUUGAAAGCCUUGUGUAAUGAAGCAGGUCUUUAUGCCUUGAGGAGAGUCUUGAGGAAACACCCUAACCUUCCUGACAGCAAGAUGGCUGGGUUGGUGAAGAUUACUCUUAAAGAUUUCUUGCAGGGGUUGAAUGACAUCAGGCCCAGUGCCAUGAGGGAGGUAGCAAUUGAUGUCCCAAAUGUAUCCUGGUCAGAUAUAGGAGGACUGGAAAAUAUCAAACUGAAGCUGAAACAGGCUGUGGAAUGGCCCUUGAAACAUCCAGAAUCUUUCACCCAAAUGGGUAUUCAGCCACCUAAAGGAGUUCUUUUGUAUGGGCCACCUGGAUGCUCUAAAACAAUGAUUGCAAAGGCUUUGGCCAAUGAGAGUGGACUGAAUUUCCUGGCUAUAAAGGGGCCUGAAUUAAUGAACAAAUACGUUGGUGAAUCUGAAAGAGCAGUUAGAGAGAUCUUCCGAAAAGCAAGAGCAGUGGCUCCUUCCAUUAUUUUCUUUGAUGAACUUGAUGCCUUAGCAGUUGAAAGGGGCAGUUCUUCAGGUGCUGGGAAUGUAGCUGAUCGUGUUUUGGCUCAGCUCUUGACGGAAAUGGAUGGCAUUGAACAAUUAAAGGAUGUGACAAUCUUGGCAGCUACUAACCGUCCAGAUAGGGUAGACAAGGCUUUGAUGCGGCCUGGAAGAAUUGAUAGAAUCAUCUAUGUGCCUUUACCAGAUGCAGCAACAAGAAGGGAAAUAUUUAACCUGCAGUUUCACGCUAUGCCAAUCAGUAAUGAGGUUGAUCUGAAUGAACUCAUCCUCCAAACAGAUACAUAUUCAGGAGCAGAGAUUAUAGCCAUGUGUAGAGAGGCAGCCCUUCUGGCUCUGGAAGAAGACAUUCAAGCCAACUGCAUUAUGAAAAGACACUUUACUCAAGCCUUGAGCGCGGUGACACCCAGACUUCCUGAAUCAUUGAGACGUUUCUAUGAAGAUUAUCAAGAGAAGAGUGGGCUGCAUGCACUCUGAGAAGAUAUACAUAUUCAUUAUGCUAAAAAUACAUUCUAGAGAAAACUUGUUUCUUUUUUAAAGUGUCAAAAUAGCUCUUAAUAAGCAAAAUGUCUGAAAUAUGUUGACUAGAUUGAGGGGCUUCAGUUCUUCUAGACAUUUUAAGUCAUAUGGCUACCAUGAAAAUCUCUGGAUAAGAGUUUAAGUCAGUUUUAUCUGGAAAUGUGUGCUGAGUUUUAAAAAGCAAACUUUCAGCUUUUUCAUUAUUGACCUGGUUCAUUCCUCCCAUGAAAUGCUUUCCUGACUCCAGAAUCCAUUUCAGUGCAUUUCCAAAUACCAAAACUGUGGGCAGCAGUUUUAUACAAGAACAUAGAAAGUGUGUGUAGAUGAAUGCAUGGUGCAAAAUAUUUACAAAUCUUUAAUUUUGAAGGCCAUCUCAUGAAAUGGCUAAAGUGCCAGCCAGGCUUAUGUGACCUUGUUUCCAAAUACGUAUUUGUUCUCAUUAUAAUUCAGACCUACAGUUUUGCUUUAAGCCUUCUUAACCUAUACUUAUGGCAGUUAAAAAAAGAAUUGAGAAUUCUUUCAUAUACUAUAAUGCCCUUUGAACGUUUAAAGAAUUGGAAAUAUAAACCCAGUCCAGACCUAGAAGUACUUGUAUUUUUUUUCCUUUUUCUUUUUUUCAUAAAAAUGCUAUAAAUAAACCAUAUGAGGUAUUCAUGUUUUAACUUGUAUGCAUUUC